GGAGGUCGUAGACUUCAUCACUGAUUUUCGCACGAAUUGAGCGCGAAAGAGCGAAGCGGCACAUUUUCUCUAGAACCAAUCACACUAAGCACUCCUCCAACAGCUGCACGACGGGCCUCAACAGCAGAGUUACAGCAAACAAGCCUAGCUAGUUGGUCAUGGGCAGGCUAACUCUGUUGCUGUUUUUGGCUCUGCAUAGACAGGAUUUCAAACUUAAUCAAGGAUUGUGCUACAAAAAAGCUCCAUACCCUUUCCUGAAAGCGGGGAUGAUGAAAAUUCUUUGUAUAUUUGCAAUAAUUUGGCUACAGGCAUCUCUACAUUUGUGCGAAAGAAUUGACAUGAAAGAUUGCAUACCGGGGCCUACACCGACUUACGUUAACUGCACCUAUGGAAAUAUAACAGUACAGCACGGAAGAAUUGAAGGCACGCCACCACCGACGUGCCAAGGGCUAUAUUGUUGGAAUGGACCAGUGACACCAAUUGGAUGUCCGUUACCAAAGCCCGUUCAAAAUCAUCGAUACACUGACGUCCCUCACCGUGGAUCAUGGCCUCUGUGCUGUUAUUAUCAACGUGAAUGCGAUCCGUGGAAGCGCUAAGGCGUGGGCUAAUUGGUGUAAGUUCAUUUUAACAGUGCCAGAAGGCCUGGACAAAUGAAGAAAAGCUAUAGGACAGCUUAUCUCACUUUGUCCCGCUCUUUCUGCAUCUGGUGAAAUGACUGCGCCUUUCAU